GAGAGUUAUGUUUCAUCCUUCUCCCUGAUCAAAAUUGAUAUAAAUAGUGGUUUUCAAGUAUUUCUGUAGACCUUGAGGAACGUUUACCUGAUAUAAUGGCUUUUUAGGGAGUGUUGGAUACUUUCCUCUGUUUUAAUCUAAUUUCAUCGCCUGUGAAACAGAACCAAUUGAGCAACAGAAUUCAGCAUUAUUCAUUGCCAACACGGCAACACCUGCAGUAAAAGUCUUGCACACCUAAACAUUGUACAGGUGCCAAGACCUGCAUUCAAGUAGCCGCAUUAUGAGAAGAAGCAAAUGGCCUUUCUUGCCAUACAAAGGCAAGUGGCAGGGGUCCUUCAGUGAGAGACAGGCUAUGGAAACUCUCAGGAACAAAGUAUUGGAAGAACAACAUAACUCUGAUACAAAGUCCGUCUCUAUGCUGGUGGACUGUUUUCGUAUUUAUGGUUCUAGCCCCAGCUUCUCUGGUUACUCCUUCAUGGUUCAACAUUUACUACACAAAAAUCUCCAUUCCCAUCUCCCUCCAAUUCUGGACCAUCUUGAAAAGUCUGAGAGAAUCGAUGUUCCAGAAAAAUUCUUUGUCAACCUCAUACAAGAGUACGGCAAAGCAGACAUGCUUCAAGAGGCUGUCAACAUGUUCCUUAGGAUCCCAAAGUUCCGAUGUUCCCCAUCUGCACUAUCUCUAAAUUCACUACUCAAUAUCCUCUGCCGGAAAAAUGAUGGUCUUGUAUUGAUUCAUGAUGUUUUAUUGAAGGCUCCGGCGUUGAACAUUCGGCUCGAGGCUUGCAGUUUUCGCAUAUUGAUUAGAGCUCUUUGUAGAACUGGGAGGGUGGGUUUUGCCAUUGAGCUGUUCAAUAUAAUGCAGCAGCUUCAUGAGUUUAUGCCUGAUUCAGGAUUUUACUUGCUUAUUCUUCGAGCACUAUGCAGGUAUUCAACUCCCGAUGAAGUUAUGAAAUUUUUGGAGGAUAUGUGGAAUGCUGGUGUCCUGCCCAGCACAUGGGAGUACAAUGCUGUGAUUAAUCUACUUGUUAGCAAAGAUCGAUUAAAUGAUGCAUAUUCUAUUUUAACCCGCAUGAAAAUUGAGGGGAAAAGGCCUGAUAUCAUCAGUUAUACAACUAUUUUGAAUGGUUUUAUCUUGGCGAACAAUUUCAGUGAGGCUGAGGAAGUUUUUGAUGAAAUGCUUGUGCUUGGUAUUGAUCUUGAUGUUGUUACUUACAAUACCUACAUCAGUGGUCUCUGUAAGCAAGGUGAAUUUGGAAGAGCUUAUAGAAUGGUGCUUGGUAUGGAAAAAGCCGGGUGCAAGCCUGAUACAGAAACCUUCAACACACUCAUAGAUGGAUAUACGAAAGAUGGUGAGCAUGUGAAGGUUAAUGAAGUUAUGAGUGAAAUGCUUGGGAAGGGCUACCAAGGCAAUUCACGAACAUAUGCAAUCUUGAUAGAUGGAUUGCUUAUGGAACAAAAGCCUGCUGAAGCAUUCCAAAUGUUAAUGGAGACGGUAAGCAAAGGGCUUAUUCCUAAUUCUGCAACUUUCAAUGCUGUGGUCUGUAGCUUGUGCCAAAAGAACCUCCUCAACAAAGGGAUACAAGUUCUGGAAGAAAUGAUCAGUCACUCCAUCGCUCCUGAUGACAGCUUAUGGGAAGCUUUGCUUUCUGCAAUUAACUUAAGGCGUGAAGAAAUGGCAGUUCAUUUAGAGGAGAUGAUUUUAGGUGGUAGCAGGGAUAGGUGGUGACCGUCAAGUUAUGUAUCUAU